UUUCCUAUUGAAAUGAAUUUUAAUUAAUUAAAUGCAAUUUCCAGUCCUUAACCGUUUCCUCUAAUUAUGAAUUUUUUCUAGAAUGUUCCUAAUAAAAAUAAAAAGUAUGGACAAAAAUUAAAAUAAAAAGCUUCCUCUAUACGCUAAUACCAUCCUUUCGUCCCAAAAAUUCUUGGAAAUUCUGAAGUUUAAAGCCAUUAGCAAUGCCUUGUUCACCCUUUCGUCCCAAAAAUUCUGGGAAUUCUGAAGUCGAUUAAGUCAAAGAAGCCAUUAGCAAUGCCUUGCUCAUUCUUUCGUCCCGAAAAUUCUGAAGUUUGAAGCCAUUAGCAAUGCCUUGCUCACCCUUUCGUCCCAAAAAUUCUGGGAAAUUCUGAAGUUUGAAGCCAUUAGCAAUGCCUUGUUCACCUUUCGUCCCAAAAUUUCUGGGAAUUCUGAAGGUCAAAAUUUGAAGCCAUUAGCAAUGCCUUGCUCAUUCUUUCGUCCCGAAAAUUCUGAGAAAUUCUGAAGUUUGAAGCCAUUAGCAAUGCCUUACUCACCCUUUCGUCCCAAAAAUUCUGGGAAAUCUGAAACCGUCAAAUUUUGAAGCCAUUAGCAAUGGCUUGCGGAAUUUGUAAAUCACUGGGUAUUAUUCAGUGUGUAGCUCCUUGUAUUUUUGAAAAAUAUUAUGUAGCAGAAACACUCGAUACAAUGGUCCGUCAUUACGGGUAUAACCUGUUGAAAGAAGUAGUAACAAAAAAACAUGCGAGUGACCCUGUGGAUUUGGAGCUUUGGAUACGUCUCAGAAUAGUAGAUAUUGAAAAAAUUAAUGAAUUGUACAGAUUCAGUUCAGGGAAAUCAGCAUAUCCAAUUCCGGAUGGAGAUCUGCCGGAUUGCGGUUCCGGUUCCGAUUCCGAUCCGGAUUUACCUCCAGAUAACGGAGCUCAUCGAAAAAAUCGAGUGGAAAAAGCUCGGGGAAAAGCUUCUGCUGAUGUUGGAGGUUCUUCUGCGGUUCCUGUUCAAGGAGUAGCUUCAAAUGCUCCGGCUCAAGCUCCGACUCCGGUUGAAGGAGCAGCUUCAAAAGCUCCCGCUCAAGCUCCGGCUCCGGUUCAAGGAGCAGCUUCAAAAGUUCCGGCUCAAGCUCCGACUCCGGUUCAAGUAGCAGCUUCAAAUGCUCCGGCUCAAGCUCCGACUCCGGUUCAAGUAGCAGCUUCAAAUGCUCCGGCUCAAGCUCCUGCUGCAGCUUCAAAAGCUCCGGCUCCGGUUCAAGAAGUAGCUUCAAAAGCUCCGGCUCCGGUUCAAGAAGUAGCUUCAAAAGCUCCGGCUCAAGCUCCGACUCCGGUUCAAGGAGCAGCUUCAAAAGCUCCGGCUCCAGUUCAAGGAGCAGCUUCAAAUGCUCCGGCUCAAGCUCCGACUCCGGUUCAAGGAGCAACUUCAAAACCUCCGGCUCAAGCUCCGGCUCCAGUUCAAGGAGCAGCUUCAAAUGCUCCGGCUCAAGCUCCGGCUCCGGUUCAAGGAGCAGCUUCAAAAGAUCCGCCUCCUGGGAAAGAUAAUCUUCUAAAAACAAAAAUAUCAGGUUGUUCAUCUUCUGCUCCUGAUUCUGAUCCUGUUCAAGGAGCAAAAACAGGUUGUUCAUCUUCUGCUCCUAAUCCUGUUCAAGGAGCAACAAAAGCUUAUCCCGAUCUAGUAGCUGUUCCAGCUUCACUUCCACCUCCACCGCCUUCUCCUCCAAAUCAAGUUCAAUCUGUUCAAACUCAUCUUUCUCAAGAUUUUUCAUUUGCUGCAGCUGAUCCUGCUCUGGUGGUUGAUGAUUCUAUUGUAGAAGGUGUUGUUGAUGAGUCUGUUGAUCCAGCUGCAGUUCAAGCUCCAACUCUUCAAAUUCCACCUUCUCAAGAUUUUUCAUUUGCUGCAGCUGGGCCUGCUCUGGAGGUUGAUGAUUCUAUUGUAGAAGGUGUUGUUAAUGUGGAUGAGUCUGCUGAUCCGGCUCCAGUUCAAGCUCCAUCAGUUCAAACUUUACCUUCUCAAGAUUUUUCAUUUGCUGCAGCUGGGCCUGCUCUAGAGGUUGAUGAUGCUGAUCCACCUCAACCACCUGUUCAAACUCUUCCUCGGAGGUCGGUACGCUUGGCUGCUCAAGCUCCGGUACUUCCGAGGAGAUCGACACGAAUAGGUUUGCAGAGGCAGAAUACUGAGAUAGAUAAUAUGCGUGUCAUACGUCGGCCUCGUCGGCGUCAUCUUUGUCAUCCAUAUUGUACUUGUAGAAGAAGAAAUUGUCCAUGCUACCUAGCUAGAACGUAAAUAAUGACAUAGGAGAAAAAAGAGAGAUACAAGUCUAUUUUGUAGCUUCAAAACUUAGCUUUGCGUAUAUUCCACUCUUUCCAUGUAGUUCCACUCUUAUACGAAUAAAAUCUUCCUUUUUACUAUUGA